CCAAAGUGCAAUUCAAACAAUAAUUUGUAUUUUUUUCACGGAGAAAACUUUAGAUCAAGUCUCAUUCUCAUAUCUCAAAUUUGACAAUUUUGACGUUGAUGACACGAUGUUAUUAAUUGUGAUUACAAAUAACAAAUAGACACGAUAUCUUGUUUAUAUUCCACAUAGGAGAUCCAACUACAUAUUGGGAAAUUGUGUAUUGUUAUUGCAAGUAUUGUGUAAUUGGUGAUUCCUAAAAAUCUUGAACUGCAUAGCGACUUCCAUAUUUUUGUAUUUAGAAUAAUAAAGUCAGGACAUGACUGUUCCAAGAUUGAUUCUUUUUGUAUUAUGUACAACUCUGCUUCAAACAUGUUACGCCCCCCCAGUGAAGGAAAGUGUCAAAGAAGUACCGGAAUCUCAAAAUAAAGACGAAGGCAUUGAAAACUAUAUGGAAUAUCAUAGAUACUUGUCUGAAGUUGUUCAAGCUUUAGAAUCUGAUGCUGAAUUCAAAGAAAAGAUACAAAAAGCACCAGAAGAAGAAAUACGUUCAGGUAAGAUUGCAGACCAGUUGGAAUUUGUAUCGCAUCAUGUUAGAACCAAACUCGAUGAAAUUAAACGAGUUGAAUUGGAGAGGCUGAAAGAAUUAUAUGAAAAAAAGAGAAAACUGCAAGGCAGUGAUGAAACAGAAGAUCCUACACACAAACAUGUAGACCAUGCUAAUCCACAUACAUUUGAAAUUGAGGAUUUGAAAAAGCUCAUAGCCAAGACUCAAGAAGAUUUAGCAGAAGCAGAUAGAUUGAGAAGGGAAGAAUUUAAGGAAUAUGAGAUGAAUAAGGAAUUAGAGAAACAAAAGAAACUGAAUUCUAGUAUGGGGGAAGAAAGGGAAAAGUUAGAGAAGGAAUUCAAGGAACUAGAAGAAAAACACAAAAAACAUGAAAAGUUACAUGAACCAGGACACAAAGCUCAACUUGAAGAAGUAUGGCAGGAGCAGGAUCAAAUGCAGCAAGAAUUUGAUCCAAAAACAUUUUUCCUUCUCCACGACAUGGAUUCUAAUGGCCUAUGGGAUGAAAAUGAGGUGAAAGCUUUGUUUCUGAAGGAAUUGGACAAAAUGUAUCAGGCUGGAGCGCCAGAGGAUGAUAUCCGAGAACGAAUAGAAGAAAUGGAAAGAAUGAGGGAACAAGUUUUCAGAGAGGUUGACACAAACAAGGACGGUUUCAUAGAUUAUCAGGAAUUUAUAGCUCAAACUAAAAAGCAAGAAUUCAAUGAGGACCACGGUUGGAACGGUCUUGACGAACAGAAGCCUUACACCGACGAAGAACUUCAAGAGUACAUCUCAAGACAUCAGAUGAAUCAACAGCAGUUCCAACAGCACCCACCACCUGUUCAGUAUCAUCAGAAUGCACCACCUCAGGCCCAAUUCCACCCUGGACAAGUGCCUCAGAGCCCCCCCCAACAAGUCCACGAUCGGUUACCAGAUUUGAAUACCAAUGAAGUGUAUCCUCAACAUCCCAAUGGUGUUCCCCAAACUAAUUACAACAAACAUUCUGCGAAUUAUCAACAACCUAACCAAGUACCUCCACAGCAUCAAAAUCAGGCUGGUUAUCAGCAGCAUAAUGUGAAUCCUAACAACAUUCAAUAUCAACAGCCUCCAAAUGGGCAGUACCAAGGAAAUGUUCAAUAUCAACAACCUCAAGGAAAUUACCAACAGCAGCAAGCACAAAAUAAUAUGCCUCCACAGCAAAACUUCCAACAGCCGCAAGGAAACUACCAGAAGCCAAAUGUACAAGCAGAUAUAAAGAGUAACAACAUUCCUCAGCAAGGGGUACAAACUAAUCAAGUACCCCACCAACAGGCAAAUGCUCAGCAACCUCCAGUUGUGAAUCAAGUCUGAGGUUGAUUUUUUUUUCUGACGUGAGAUUUCAAGAUGUCAAAAGAUUUAUUAUAAAAGUUUGGGUUAUGAUGUUCAAAGUUCCUUUCAGAUGAAUGUUCUGAAAAUUGUUACGAAUAGGGGAAAUCGAUGUUUUCCAUUAUUUAUAAUAUUCUUUUUUAAUACUUGUUGUGAUAACAUUUUUGAUCUGUUUAUGGAAAAUUGCAUUUCAUUUUAAUGUAUCCUUUUUUAUGAUGAAAUCUUUGUAGUUUAUAAAUACUAAUUUUAUUAAAUAUUCAACGAAUUUA